AUGGCGAUCCUGCUCGUGUGCCAGAUCCACGCUACUCUCGGCCAGACAUCGGCGGUGCUGCGGGGCUCUGGAGGACGCACACACGGUGAGUCUAGGGCCGUGGCGGACGACGGCGGUCAGAGGGUGGCGCUCAGACGCUCUGUCCUGCAGGAGUGUCCGAGUCGGCAGGAGCUGCGGAGCGCCCUCCGGAGGGCCUACAAGCUGCUGUCGGCACACGAGGCGUCCUACCUGCAAAGCCUGCGCAACCUCAGGAAGAAGCUGAGCGUCAUGCAGAGCGCAGCCCCGAGGCUGGGCGCCGAGCCCAACAACGCAACCUGCCCCGAGCUACAGGCGCCCGACAACGGCAGGAAGUUGGGCCGGGUUCUGUCCGUGGGACACGAGGUGCACUUCCUGUGCGAGCCCGGGUUCGAGCUGGUCGGUUCCGAGAGCCGCGUGUGCCAGGAAUCGCUGAGCUGGAGCGGCCAGCAGCCCUUCUGCAGGACUGAGUUGCUCCUCAGCACGGUGAAAAACACAUCGAGCUCCUCUGGUGGGUCCUCCUCCUCCUCCUCGUCUUUCGAGAGGCCGUCCAGAUGCUCCCAGGUCGACGGCUCCACCCACUGCAUCUGCGAGGCCGGAUUCACCAUGUCGGGACGCGACAGCAGCCUCUGCGUCGAUGUGGACGAGUGCGAGCUGUUCCACGCGAGCCGCAACGGGCGCCUGUGUCUGCACGUCUGCGUCAACACCCCCGGCAGCUACCGCUGCGCCUGCCCCCCCGGCUACGAGGUCACCGACGGCGACCGCAGCUGCCAAGACAUCGACGAGUGUAGCAGCAGACAACACAACUGCACGCGGGACCAGCUGUGCGUCAACACCUACGGAGGUUUCCGGUGCGUGCGCACGGAGUGUCCUCGUACCCGCAACGCCACCUAUGCGAAGACAUCACCGGUGCGCUGCGAACGCAACCCCUGCAGGCUGGACGACGGGGCUUGCGCUCAGGCCCCCAACUCGGUCAGCUUCCACUACCUGGCCGUGACCUCCAACCUGUCGGCCCCCCGCGUGCUCUUCCGCGUGUCGGCGACGCGGACGCUGGGGGACAGCCUGCGCUUCGGGCUGCUGGGCGGCCGCUGGCGGCGCCACUUCGGCGUGCGGCGUGCCGACCGGAACACGGGCCAGCUGCUGCUGGUGAGCCCCGUGCGGGGACCCGCCACGCUGGAGGCCGAACUGGAGACGGUCGAGCUGGAGAAGAGGGCCCCGCUGGCGCGCUACAUCGCCAAGGUCACCCUCUUCGUCUCUCCGUACGACUUCUAGGAGCCGAAGCGCCCCCUGCGGGGAAGGAAGCUCCCAGGCCGGCGCCCCCGGUGCUUUAGGACGCGUGCCGGGACGCGUGCCGAGCCACGAAGCUGCCGCAGCUUCUGCUUUGUUCACUUUGUUUCCUGCCUGUUGUGUGUAGUCUAAGCGUGCCUACGGCGGCAUGGAGCGAUAAGGGGUUUCCAAACGAUCCGCACGUUGCGGGAGGUCCGCAGCUGGGCGUCGGAGUGGGAUUGAGGGCGAGAAAGCCCCGCGGAGGCAGGACUCUGCAGAUCGGGCAGGGAGGCGUUUUGUGCGGGACGAGUGCGGCCGCGGCUCGCGUUAUCUCAGCAACGCAAGCGUCACUUCAUGGUGGAAACACAGGAAAUAAAUGAGAAGUAUCGAUUCAGAGGGGUGCCGUUGUGUUUUGCCGGACAAAAACAUUUUGAAAUCACUGAAGUUUCACGACCGCUUUUGCAUUAAUUCCCCCCGCAGUAACAUCGAUACUUUGCAAAUUAUCGAAAGCGCGAAUAACCAUCUUCGCCGCGCUCUUGGAAGCGGAAAGGAAUUACAAGACUUUUAUAAAAUAUCAUUUCUGUGGUUCCCCGGUAGAGUCUCGUGACGUCCGAGACGCUGCAGAAUCGCCGAGGCCUCACGCAGCUGUACUGUAUGCUGCUGAACUUAAGGCUCUGCAUCGCAGCACCGGUACAGUAUAGGAUCACACUUAUGAGCAGCAGUGUUGCGGACUACUGGACACACACUGCGCAAACUAGUUAAGGGAGGCAGUAAAAGUCUCACUCUACUGCUAGGGUUCCAGGAAGGUACAUGAGUUAGAGGGGCACUGGGGAGGGUCAUAGCGUCUAUGCCUGUUCCUGUCUGGGCUGGGGCCGCAGGGUGUCUUUACGGGGA